AAUGCAUUUAUAAACAGAAAUCCCAUAAUUCAUUUCAUUUCAUUCCAUUCUAUCUACACUUCUCAAAGGACACACACUCCCUCCACAAACACCCACCAUUUCCAAUGGCUUAUCCUAACAUUCUCUUUAUCCUUUCUCUUCUCUUUCCCCUCCUCACAUUCUCUUCUUCAAACCAAAACCCAAACACCAUUACCCUCCCUCUUUCCCCUCUAUUCACCAAAUCCCCAUCCUCAAAUCUCUUCAACUCUCUCAAAACCGCUGCUACAUCUUCUCUAACAAGAGCACACCACCUCAAAACCCCAAAAUCAAAUCACAACAAAUCCAAAUCCUCUCCCUCCACCAACACACAAAUUUUCUCCAAAAGCUAUGGUGGUUACUCAAUAAACCUCAAUUUUGGAACACCACCACAAACCUUAUCAUUUGUCCUAGACACAGGUAGCAGUCUUGUUUGGUCCCCAUGUACCUCUCGCUACCUCUGUUCCAAUUGCAACUUCCCAAACAUCAACCCAACAAAAAUCCCAGUUUUCAUCCCAAGAAACUCAUCAACCAACAAAAUCUUAGGCUGCACAAACCCCAAAUGCGGUUAUAUUUUCGGACCCGACAUCGAAUCUCGUUGCCAAGGUUGCAAUCCAAAUACACAAAACUGUAACAACAUCACUUGCCCUUCUUAUUUAGUGCAAUACGGUUUAGGUUUAACCGCUGGUGUCUUACUAUUAGAUAACCUCAAUUUUCCUGGCAAAACCGUAGCAAAUUUUCUCGUAGGUUGUUCCAUUGUAUCUGACAGACAACCCUCUGGCAUCGCUGGAUUUGGUCGUGGAGAAGAUUCUCUUCCAUCGCAAAUGGGUCUUAAAAGAUUCUCUUAUUGCUUACUUUCUCAUCAAUUUGACGACUCACCGGAAAAUAGUAACCUCGUUUUGCAAGUUUCUUCCACCGGCGAUAGAAAAACAAACGGAUUAAGCUACACACCGUUUCGAAACAACCCAUCAACGAACAACACUGCAUUUCUUGAAUACUAUUACGUGAAUCUACGUAGUGUCGUCAUCGGAGGAAAACGUGUUAAGAUUCCAGAAAUUGGAACCGACGGUAAUGGUGGCACUAUCGUUGAUUCUGGAUCAACGUUCACUUUCAUGGAACGUAAAAUCUACGAUUUGGUGGCAAAGGAGUUUGAAAAACAGCUUUCGAAUUUCACAAGAGCGAAAGAUAUUGAAGGUGAAUCAGGGUUGAGUCUCUGUUAUGAUUUCACCGGAGUGAAAACAGUGCCGUUUCCGGAGUUGGUGUUUCAGUUUAAGGGGGGUGCAAAAAUGAAGUUACCGAAUGACAAUUAUUUUUCUUUAGUUGGUGAUGGUGAGGUUGCUUGUUUGACUGUUAUAACUGACGGAGUUUCAGCACCGGAGAGAAGUGGUGGUCCGGCGAUUAUUUUGGGGAAUUAUCAGCAGCAGAAUUUUAACGUUGAGUAUGAUUUGGAAAAUGAAAGAUUUGGAUUUGGACCUCAAAGAUGUGAAAAAAGUGCAUAAUUUUUUAAGUUUUGAUCACAGAUUGGAAAUUAUACCGUUGCAUGUGAACAUGUGGUAGCUAAUUAAACGCCGGUGAAAAUGAAAUCACGAUGGUCAUCGAAUCUACGAUGCGGCGUGGCGGCUAAGUUUAUUAUUUAUGAUUUUUUUUUUUCUAUUGUUUAUGGGGGUCAAUGGUGUAAGCAUAAGAUUACCCUUGGCUUUGUUUUUUUUUUUAAUUAUUUACUUUUGCAUAAAGUUACCAAAAGUUAAUUUAAAUUUACAUAAAUAAAUAAAUGUAUGCUUACUCAUCGGUUUAUCAAAUCAAAUCAAGUAUAUAAAGUAGGAACAUGUAACAUUACUUUUGGUGUUUAAA